UGGUGCCCUGGUGGUGGGCGGCUAAUUGUUGUCUAGGGAUGGUGUGAUCUCAAGAGGGAUACAUGGUGGUGAACUGUGCCACUGGUACCUGUUUAAUUAUUGAGGCACCUGCUGGAUUGGAUUGUAAAAAAAAAGCGUAGCCAUAGAGCACUUGGUUAAUGGAAACAGCUGCUGUGAUAGAUGGUGUGUCCACUCCGUUUAAAUAACAGCUGUACUGGUUUCCAACGUAACCUGCUUGGCGGCUUUAAAUCCCUCCCACCUAUAGGACGUGUAUCCAGUGUGAGUUUGGCAUCUUCUCCUCCCGUAGGGUGUUAGUUCUCUUCCUCUGCGCCUAGCCAACUAUAGAGACAGGCGGUGAGUAGCCAGGUGGUGGUGUAUGUGUGUCGGCUACAGACUGCUCGAGAAACGAAGUGAAUCUGAAACUGGAAGAGCCCCGAGUGACGCAGGGAGAAUCGACCGCAUUGGUCUUGCAGAACUGAUUAUCUACAGGAACAAAGUUCAACCUGACAGGGAAGUGGGGGCGAAACAAAACAUUGAGUCUUCACCUCAAGGCAAAAGUACAAGCAGGUUUAAUGGCUGGAAGGUUUGAGUGAAGGUGCUUACAUUUGGCAACUUUAAAGAAUGUCGACUAGUGAAGGCAGGUUGAGUGCAAAGGCUCUAUAUGAGCAACGGAAGAAGUAUUCCAAUUCCAAUGUCAUCAUGCAAGAGACUUCACAAUACCACGUGGAGCAUCUGGCCACGUUCGUCAUGGACAAGAGCGAGUCCAUCGUGACAAUCGACGACGGCAUCAAGAAAUUUGUGCAGCUGGACAUAAAGGGCAAGGUGUGGACUCAAGAGAUGCUGUUUCAAGUGAAUGACAAAUCCAUUAGACUACUGGACUGUGAAAGUCAGGAUGAACUGGAGAACUUUCCACUAAACAUUGUGCACCACUGCCAAAAUGUACACAACCAGUCCAAAUACCAGUCUGUGUUACUCAUCAUCUGUCAGGACUCCGACCAACACAAGCCCGACAUACACUUCUUCAACUGUGACGAGGUCGGGGCCGAGAUGAUCCACGCGGAUGUAGAGAGUGCAAUCUCCGAUUUCAAAGGCGGACAGAAGAUACGACCACAGACCUUGAAGGUAAACCAGGAGAAGAUGAAGAGACAGCGAGAGACGAUAAUCCCCUCGCCCCCUCACUCUGCCGCACCUGCCCACCCCCCCAAUGUCAACAUGAGCCGGGCUGCAGCUCUGACAGCGCAGAACGACCAAGUGGAACACAACAGGAGAACCUCUAACGUCCAGGAGUACGAGGAACCACCAGAAGUCGUGGCUCAAAGGAUUGAGAAAGAUGUGCAAAUCCUAAACUGCACGCUGGACGACAUUGAGUUUUUUGUGGCCAAGCUCCAGAAGGCUGCUGAGGCCUACCAUCAACUCAAUCAUAGGAAGAAAUCCAAGAAGAACAAGAAAAAGGCACCGGCUGAGGGCAUGCUCACACUGAGAGCAAAGCCUCCAUUACCAACAGAAUUCACCGACUGUUUCCAAAAGAUCAAGCUGACCUUGAAUUUGCUGGCCAGGCUGAAGAGGCACAUCCAAAAUCCAAAUGCAGUGGAAUUGCUUCAUUUCCUGUUUGGACCACUUGAAGUGGUGAUUAACAGCACCGGAGGACCAGAAAUAGCGAGAAGCAUCGUGAGCCCUCUGCUUUCCAAGGACGCGACAGAUUUUCUACGCGGCCACCUAACUCCGAAAGAAAUUUCGCGGUGGGAGACGUUGGGCGAGGCGUGGACCCGAUCGAGGGCUGACUGGCCAAGAGACAUCCACGUUCCCCCGUACGUGCCAAAGUUUAGGAAUGGCUGGGAGCCGCCUCUGGAGAAUUUCCGGGGAGUUCCCUGGGAGCUGGAUGCACCUCACGGAUCAGAGAUGGAUGGUCAGCGCAGACAGGAGGAGAUGAGGAGAACUUCUGUGGAGCAAUCAAUGGCACCAUCCUUCCCUCCUCCAAAUGGGUAUGAAUUCGGUAACACAUCUUUCAAGAGAGGCCAGACUGGUGACCAGAAUAUUGCAGUGGAUGCUUUUAAGCAGAGUGUUUGUCGGCAUGUGGAUAGAAAUUAUGAGGCGCAAGGACUUCACCCUCCGAAGAAAUAUGUUAAAAUAGUGUAUGACUUUGUGGCAAGGAAUGCCAAUGAAAUGUCUGUCUUAAAGGAUGAAAUACUGGAGGUGGUGGAGGAAAGCAAGCAAUGGUGGAAGCUGAAGAGCAAGUUUGAUGAAGUUGGGUUUGUGCCUUCCAAUAUGCUUGUUCCAAUAAAUCCAGAAGAUAUACCGAGCCAGUCUGAAAAAAGCCCGAGUGGUCAAUGGCACAAAGGAGAGAUGAGUGCUCGAGGAACAGGCCCUGCUGCUUCCACCGGACCGUUCACCACCCAAGGCCAUGUGAGGCAUGGAAGUCAUGAGCUGCCAGGACUGGCCAACAGGCCCUUCGCAAGGAACAAGGAACACAUGAUGAAUCAGAUGGAUGAAGUGAAUGACGAACUCCUACAUCUGAUCAUCGGUAACAAAGCAAAACGCACAUUCCAGGUCCCAAAGCCAACCUCGGUUCAGGUACCACUUGGCUAUGAGUCCAACACGGAAGAUGUUAAAUCCUGGUUGGAAGUGAAAGGAUUCAGUAGAAUGACAGUAACGGGAUUAGGUAUAUUGACCGGAGCCCAGAUCUUUUCCCUCAAUAAAGAGGAACUGAAGAUGGUGUGCGGAGAGGAGGGAGCACGAGUAUACAGCCUAAUCCAAGUACAAAAGGCUGAAUUAGAUAAGCAUCGAGGUGACACGGAGCUGGAAGAAAUCAUGAAACGAAGGCAAGAGAGGAUUGAUUCAAGCAGCUAGAAUUUUGCAGACAUUUGUUCGGCAAUCGGAUCGUAGAGUUGUCUAUGAAUUGGAAGCAAAACAGACAAAUGACAUGUAUGCAUAGAGAAAUGUGGUUCUCUUGGACAGAAUUAAUAAUAAACUAAUUGUUUGUGUAUCUCACUCCUGUUAUUUCUGAAGUAAAUUCACAUUCAGAAUUUGCAUGGCUUUCAGGCAGUCAUAGAGUUGGAAGUAUUAAUGUGCAUUCCAUAUGAAUAUUGAAAUCUCCUCCUUUCUCUCUCUGUACAUGUGUAUGUUGCUAUUGUAAUCUUUGUGGAACAACAUUGCCAAAUCCCGAAGCCAAGUGAACACAGAAUAGAUGUCAUUUGCUAAAUAAUUGUGACACGGCAAAAGGAUCGACACUUAGCUGGCCAGAACGUACAGAUAAACUCGGUGUCUGCACUGGGCAGUAUUAUCAGACAAAUGCUGACCAUUCUUGCAAUAUUGAUCUCAUUGGUGCUCCUCCUGCGUCCCUGGGUUUGCUCCAAAUCUUCGGUGCUGUCUGUGUGGAGUUUGCACAUUCUCCCUGCGACUGCCUAGGUUUCCACUUGGGGUGCUCCAGUCUCCUCCCACAUCCCAAAUGCAUGUUGGCUGGUAGAUCCAUUGUCCUCUGUAAAUGAUCCUUGUACGGGUGGGCCUUACGAGAAUCAAGAAGGAAUUAGACCCGUAGUGUCAUACAGCACAGAAACAGGCCCUUCAGCCCAACUCACCAAUGCUGACCAAGAUGCCCCAUCAAAGCCAGUCCCAUUUUCCCAUGUUUGGCUCGUAUCACUCUAAACCCUUCCUAUCCACAUUCCCGUCCAAAUGUUAGACAUUUUAAAUGUUGUUAUUGUACCUGUAUCAACUGCCUCCUCUGGCAGCUCCUUCCCACCCCACUGUUUAAUGGAAAAAGUUGCCCCUCAGGUUCCUAUUAAAUCUUUCCAUCUCUGUAUAAACCUGUGUUUCUUGAUUCCCCAACCUUGGGUAGACGACUGUGCAUCCACCCUUUCUAUUUCCCUCAUGAUUUUGUACACCCCUAUAAGAUCCCCCCUCAUCUUCCUGCGCUCCAAUGAAUAAAGUCCUAGCCUGUUGUACCUCAGGCCCUUAAGUCCUUGUAAAUCUUCUUUGCACUCCUUCCAGCUUAAUGCCAUCCUUCCUACAGCAGGGUGACCUAAACUGAACACAACACACAAUUGAUGGAAAUGUCAGAAGGAAUAAGAUAGAAGGGAACAAUUUGGGGGGGGGGGUAGGUUUUGAUGGGAACCCUUGAGAUCUGGCACGGGCCUAAAGCAGCAAAUGGUUAUUUUUUUGGUAUGGUACAUUCUUGGUCAGAAUGAGGUAAAUGUGCAACUCAGAUGAAAUAGAGAUGGAAUAUCUUUAAAAUGAUGAAACGUGUCUGCAAAUGUUGCUAACAAUUAUUUCUUGUUUAUGUGAAAAAAUAUCUUAUCUUUUGCUAAACAGAUGCAUAUGUUUUUCUGUUUAAAGUCUACAUAAGAAAGUAUGUGGUUAAAGUAAACUUUCUUUCACUUAUGUAAAUGAUAAUAAAUCUAUUGUUCAGUU